AUGCCCGGCGCAAGCGUGGCCGCUCUGCCCCCAGCGGCAGCCUCAACAACUGCGCCCAGGAAAACUUCACUCGCGCCAGAGCGGAAGUACAAAUGCCAGUUCUGUAACAGAGCAUUCAGCAGGAGUGAACACCGCAGCAGGCAUGAGCGAUCACACACCAAGGAACGACCUUUCAACGACGGCAAGCGCCGCGCCGGACCCAAGACCAGAGCGAUUGCCACACCUUCCAAGCCAUCCAUCGCGAUCGACACGGCCACGAUUGAGCAACAACAAAUGGAAGCCUCGGGCGACGCCAUCUUCGACGUCGAGGCCGCCGCCAUGCUCGUUGCUGAUCUCUCCCGCGCGGGUUCCUACGAGGGCAACAGCUCUAUGGACUACACCACCCAGGCCAUGGAGCAGACCGUAACCUAUCCCUCAGGCGCCAUCGCUAUUCCUCAAGUCCAGCAGGUUCCUUGGGACAAGUUCAUGCCCCAGUCCGUCUCCGAGACCAAGGCGCACUCCAUCACCUCGAGCGCCUCGGGCUCGUUUGAUUCGCAACAGUCAUUCAACAGCACCAGCACCGCCCAACCCCACGCUAGCCAGCUCCUCUCCAUCAGUGGUCAAAAUUGCAAUGGUCUUGUUCCUGCCCUCCAGUCCAUGAUCAACUCUCUGCCCCGUUCCGGAGCCAACACUCCCGUGCCCCAAUCCCCCAGUGUGCUCUCCAACGCCAACGCCGGAUUCAGGGCCCCGCAGGUCAACAGUGACGAUGAACGCAACAUCAUCCUGGACAACAUUCGAUCUCACGAUACGGAACGGGCCAUCCCCGAAGUCCUCAGCAUCGGCGCUCUCUAUGCCUUUGACCAGGAUCAGGCUUAUCUGCUUCACAUUGGGUCCAAGAUUCUCGUGAACCAGUUCCUCCAGCAUAAGGAAAACUUCAGUUCGCGCAAGGUGCCCCUCUGGACCAUGCAGAGCUCUCUUCUCAACAUGAUCUUCUCGAGCUGGAGCGGUGAUCCCAAGGGAUUGGAGUGGGCUUGCUCAAUCAAGAGUCUGCUUGCCAAUAUGGUAGCCGGGAACCGGUAUGAGUUGAAGCUCCGCCAAGAGGCCCGCGUCGGCCGACAGCCCACGCGUGCUGAGUGGGUCGAGGACGAGGAUGCCGCCGGACGUAUUACGCCCGAGGCCCUCUGGAACCUCAAGGUCACCGACGAGGCUGCCUGGAAGGAGCAACUCUCCGCGGCUCCCGUGGCGACUUUCCUCGAUGCACAUGACACGCUGUUCCAGGGUGAGAGGAUUACCUACAGCGCCUUCGCGACCCGCGUCAUGAUCAACGCUCUCUUCCUCGAGGUGUGGUAUCACAAGCGUAGUCCGGAAGCUCUGCAGGAUGUCGUCACCGAGUACAAGCUCCGUCUUGCCCUCGAGACCUGGGAAAAGUCGCUCGACCUGUGUGAGCCUGAGGACGUUGUUGACCUCAAGACGGUCCAGGAAGCCCUCCGGUACCACGACUCGUACGAGGUGGCGGCCGCCAUGUCCCAUGCCAGGGAUCGCGUCAAGCGUUCCAACGAGAUGUUGAAGGUUAUUGAAGAAUGCUACAAUUGCAUUGAGACUGCUGUUAUGCAAGGUGUGCGCUGGGUUGCACGCACCUCGCCUACCAACUGGAGUGUCGAGCACCCGCUAUGCGGCAUGGAUCUGAUGAUCAUCCUCUCGCUCUGGCUCUACCGUCUGGAACAUGACGAUGAGCCUGCCACGCCCGAGGAACUUGCCAUGUACAACAAGAUCCGUCAGCUCUUUGAGAGGGAGCUUGACGAUCCUGCUCACGCCUCCCAGCUCAGCUCUGUCGUUGCCAAGCUUUGGGGAUCCAUGUUGGAUGAAGUGGUCGUCUGGGGCAUCACCCGUCUCAUUGGCGAGUCUUUCCGACAUCACUCACAGGCCCUAGUCGGCUAUGUUGAUGAUAUUGAAGCAUCCUCGAACGCGUCCACGCCCUCGAUGAUCUCGCAGGGUGCCGACGAGGAUAGCGUGUAUUAG